AUGAUUUGUUCAAUGGUCAUGCUAAUUUGUACAGCAGGACUACAAGUCGUUGUCUUACCACGGACAUUUUUACUGCUGUUAUUGUUCCUGGCAGCUUUCUCUUGGAUUGCUAUAAUUUUGAUAAUGAUUUUAAGCGUCAAAUUAAAGUGUACACCUUUUGACAUCCGAAAGUCAUCAACUCUUCGAAUGUUUAUUAUUAUAACGACUGUGGUGUUGAUAUAUGCAUCGGCACAAGUCAAUGUAUUUUGCUGCACUCCUGGUUUGAUCUUAAACUACACAUUAUCAAAACUAUCAAGUUUUCAUCUCAGCGGGCUUGAAGACAGCCCAACAUUCGGUAAACACCUGCGAUGCGAAUUGCCGCAAUACAUUUACUUCAGUUGCAUCAUGAGUUUUAUUUGUGUCUCCACUUUCCUCAGGCUAUCAGCCGUUCUCAAGUUAGCCAUCAUGUUUGGUAUGGCCGCUGUUUGUAUUGUGCUGAUGGAGUACACACAUCGCCCACUUUUUGUGCAAUUUGACUACCUUCAUCAUUCUAUUAUUCCGUCGGAUGUGAUUGGAAUUGUCGCCCUUAUUAUUUUUAUCCUCACAUUCUAUGUGCAUGCUCGAAAGCAAGAAUGGACAUACAGAUUGGAUUUUCUAUGGAAAUCACAGCUUCUUACAGAGCCUCGUUUCCGAGCGAUCGACAAAAUAAAAACCAUUGGAAGUAUCUACAUGGGAGCAGUUGGAUUAACGCCAUCUCUCAUGAUUGAGGAUACAGAUGCUUCCGUUACACUCUACUUAACUAUUUUGAUAGAAUUUGUCAUGGGUAUGAAAGAAAAGCUCAAAAAUAUCAAUGAAAAUUCUUAUAAUAACUUUAUGCUGAAAAUAGGCGUUAACGUGGGUCCCGUUGUUGCUGGAGUGAUUGGAGCAAGGAAACCCCAGUAUGACAUUUGGGGAAAUACAGUAAAUGUUGCAAGUCGAAUGGAGAGUACGGGCCGCCCUGACCAUAUACAGGUCACAGAAGAGGUGUAUGCCGCUUUACAGGAUGUGUACGACUUUAAAUGUAGAGGUCGAAUAACAGUUAAAGGAAAAGGCGACAUGAUAACUUAUUUUUUGCUUGGGAAAAAGGGAUCUUCAGCUAAACGCAGUCCAAUCAGCACUAUUGAAAGCCCACAGCAAUCUCGGUCUCCUUCGGGAGAAUUUAAAGAAAAUGCCACCCUUGUGUUGCAAAACACAAGCGUAGGUAAAGAACUGGAACGUCAGGGGUCACAGAAGUCACAGAGCAAGUCCCUUCCCAUUUAUGGAGCAAUAAACAUUGAGCGCAAAGCGAGCAUUGACUCCAUACGCGUUCCCAGCGGUACCCCAACGAGCAGUCUCAACAAAAAGCGAAAGAACAGUACAGACAGCCCUCGCGAUUCAUCAAUUCGAAAUCCACUGCGAAAGCUUAGCAGCUCGUCACUAACGAACUGCAUUACGGGAGAUGUAACUUAUGCACGCGUUGAGUCACCUGAACUUCCAACUGUGCAUUACAUAAAUAUAAAAAUGCAAGGGAACUCAGCGGACAAGCCAACUAGUCCUACAGUGCACAAUGAAAUUUUUGACAAGCUAAAAACAAGUAACAGCGGAGAUAACGGUUUAAACGCUGAAGAACGUUUGACUCCGAACCGUAGCGUACUUAGUCUGAAUGCGUCGUCAGCCAGCGAAAAGAGUUUCACUGGUAGCCAACAGGGAAAUUCCCCAAACAAAAUAGAAAACAAUGCAAUAAUUCUGUCUCCCAUUUCGCCGAAUAGCCCACUUCAAGCAACACCUCUAGUGUUCGUUGGGGUUGCACCCGCUAUACACAAACCGCUCAAGCAAUCAGCCACCUUUCCAGCUGAAAAGCGCGAAAUUAAAGAGGCGUCUUCUGCGAUUUCAUUGUCUCCUGCUUCGCCAAAUCAGGUCUUCUCGAAAGAGAUAGCUGCUAUGGACAGUAUGCUUAAGGAACUUGAGAAAGUUGUUGAUGGGGACGAUCCGGAAAAGAAGCCUUUAAAUUCGAAACCAUCACAACGACCACCUCUUCCAGCAAGACAAACUGACGACCGACUACCCCCUGUUCCAAAACAUAGUAAAGCCACAGAGAACGGAAAUCGAAAGCACCCUGUUGAGCAAAAUGUGCCUCCUCCAUUACCAGAACGAGAGAGGAGCGCUAGCCAGAUCUCAAUGGAUUCAAUGCCAUUUAUUCAAAAGCCGAAGCCAUUCAUAUGUGAUUCCCGAAAACCUUCGCCCAGAAGCUGCUCUGUCCACUCCAAUAGAUCUCCAACAUGUGCCAUACUGGCUAGCAUUGAUGGGAAGACCAUGUCAAUUCUUCCAGCACCUUUCAGCAACACUAAACAGGCGCUAAACCGUUCACCGUCAGAAAAGAUACGAACGAGCAGAGAGAAUUCUGACGAAUCGGGUCAUGCUUUUGAUAGAGGAAGAAGAAAGUCAGAAAGUAUCAUUCAAGGAAUCCGAUCGCCGUCAGCAAAUGACAAGAAAGGACGAACUAUUGCUGUCUGCUCUCCAGUCCUUCUUAGGGCACAAAGGGAAACUUCUUCUAUUUCGACAUCCGACGACGACCUCGAGUCGGUGUCGUCACAGCAAUCGUCUGUGGUUCUUCUGCAGCCCAUUGAACUGAAACCUCCGUCAAGCACAAAACCAGCGUACAAAAGACAACUAUCCUGUCCUGAAACACAACCAGUGAAACGCACCCUUUUUCGAAACAAAACCGAUAGCCAUUCAAGAUCUUCCGAAAGCCUGAGCAGCUGUCCUUGCUCACCGCUUUCAACACCGAGAUUCCCAGUUCGAUUGCACAGCGAAAAUGUGCAGUUGAAUCGUCUUCUGGAUGACCUAACUCAAAGAGUCGCAGAAGACGACGGAGACCAUGAUGAAGUCGAACCGAACGAUGUCGAAAAUGACAGGGUCUUUGAAAGAUGUGCUGCUAAUAUACCAAAAUUGGCGAAAGGGAAUGAGGUUUUUAAUCGAAGCCUGACACAAAACGAAACUCCGACAGUAACUUCAGACGAUCUUUGUAUGACAGGAAAACCACCUGCUGGUAUUAUUAACGGUCGAAUCGUGGGAGCAAUCGAAAGACACAGAAGUUACAUGAAUGGGAAAGGAGUAAAUAGUGGUGGCCGACACAGAGGUAGGCGUCCGGAGUCCGGUCAUCAGAGACAACGCUUCCCAACGGAUGCAAAGAAUAAUGAACUGGAUACUGACGCUUCAACUUUGGAAAGUGCUAGUGAACAAGAUCUUUUAUUGCCCCAAAACAACCAACCCAAACUUAAAACGUCAUUUGCGUGGCAACCUCGCCAUAAAUCUCCACCGAAUCAUCCAUCAGUCUGUGGUGUAGAUAUGCACAGAGGCAUUAGAAGAGAAAGCUCUAUCCCAGUGGCUGGUAGAAGCAAUGAUAGUAUCGGUGGUCCUGUGGUACCCACCAGUGCAAACGGAAAUAAUAACAAUAAUAAUAAUCGUUCAUCAGUAAACCCGUUCCAGGUGAAGAGGCGACAAGUGCUGAGCAUGCCCCCGAGAUAUUGCCGGAGCCUGGAUUACAUCCCCAGUGACAGAGAAGACUAUGUCUCGUCGAAUGCUUCUUCAGCUGCUGCCAGUCCCAAAAUUAAGCGCACACUGAUGGUGCCAUAUUACGGAGGCUUAAAAAGACCAGUUGCAUUUGAUAACCUUAGUAUGUGUUCAUUCACCAGUAGCAGCGAAAUGUCGAAAAGUGACCCGAUGCUUAACAUUGAUUCUGUUUCUGUCGCAUACGAAUCUGAAUAUGAUAACUACCGACCUGGAAUGACCAGCGAUGAAGAUUGUUUCAUACCCGGACCAAUAAGUGAUGUCGACAUGGAUAUUUUUGAUGAUAUCAACGUCGAUAAUGUUACCGUUAGCGAUAGUUACAGCCUGAAUAUGCCUCUGUCAAUUACAACUCACAAGAAGAUAACGGAUUUCUUUUUUUUGCCACAUCUCUCUCUCUCCCUCCCUCUCCCUCCUCCCUCCCCUCCCUCCCUCCUCCCUCUCUCUCUCUCUCUCUCUUGA